CAUUCCGUUGCAAAGACCUCAUAUUUCUUUUCCCCCUCCCUUUCGCUUUCAACGUUUUCUUUUCUUUUUAAACUUCUCUUUUUCUUGUGUCAUUUUUCUUUUUUUAUUUCGUUCCCUCCCCUUCCUUACUUUUUCCCCAUAUUUAUUCCCCCCCAUCCUCCCUCUCGAGGUCUUGUCGAGCACUUCCCAUUCUGUGCAACCCGCUCCCUCUCUGUUCAAUUUUUUUUUCCCCAUUAAACAAAAUCUCCCUUCUCUUCUUCGGUCAAUCCUCACCCAUCUAGGGUUGACUGACUAUUUGAUACCGCUGUGUGAUAUCUAUUACUAGAUAUUUAUUACUGGCCUUCCCCGUCCCUGAUCUUUUUUUUUUCCUUCUUCCCUUGGCCUUUCUUCCUCCCGACUCUUCAUCUUACCCGAUAACCCUCUUCCUCCCCACCGUGGAGGCUGGACAAGAUUCGCGAUUUAAGAUUGAUCUACCCCGAGCCACUCUGGGGUGUCACAGCUGGAUUUCGUUAAUGCCGUGCUUUGUUUCUCUUCCGCAUUCCCAUCCUUCGAUGCUCCACUAAUCACGUCGGAUCGCCUUCUCCAUUUGCGCAACAAGCACAUUCCUGUCGAUACCAGCUGCAAAUUUCACGACCCUUUCAACCACCCCCCUCCCCCUUGCUGCGUCCUAUCAUCCAAGCUCGCUCAACGCUCGUCUGAUUCAUCGGCUUCGUCCCCCCUGCCCACUUCCGCCUCGACUUCUCCACACGGCACAUGAGGGUGAUCUGCGAGAUUCGAGCUUCCUGGAGCAUGCACGGAGUGUAGUAACGUCGCGACGCACAUUGACAAUUACCAUCCACGGCUACCUACUGAGCAUUUUUACGCUGGCAAAAGAAAGGGAGAUCAUCCAUUUCUUGUCACCUUGCAUCUGCUCCCACUUGCCCUACUUCGCUGUUCAGCAUUUUUCGUUUUUUUUCGCUGUCCACCUUCCUCCCUUUCGCCAACCCCUUCGAUCCCUUGUACAGUUUGUACAGUGCCUGACCGCAUUACAACGUACACAGCGACAAAAAUAAAGGGAACCGACAACAUAAUUCUUUUCCCCCGCCCGAACCUCCAUCCCUUUUUGACUUGGAAUUUUCUUGUGUGUCUUCCGCACAGGUUCCUUGGUGAGUACCCAAUUUUUCUACUCGCACAUUUGGCGACGGUUCAGAAACUUGCUAAUCAUUUCCCUGGUUAUUGUGCAGUUGACUCUCUUUCGUCUACCUCGUGCCUCCUUCGGCGCCAUCUUAUCCUACCCUCUCGAAUCCGUUAAAAGUAAACUCGAGAUCCGAGCACAAAGACUGUCGAUCGUAUUCCAUAAAAUUGUCAAUCCUUGGACGAUUGCAAAGGUCCUACCGAUCUGGUCUGAGGAUCCAAUUACCUAUUGUUACCGCCCGUCCAAGCGACUGGUGGAAUGACCGUGAUGGCACAGAAUACAAGACCAGUACAUAAUGUGAGCUUUGGCAAUCCUGAAUGAAUCGGGUUUUUACCUUACUGACGGAUUUCCAUCAGGUGCGAUCGAACCGAACAUCCAACAUGAGCAAUGAUAGAACGCGAGCGACCGCCGCAAACAUGGGCCAAGGCUUCGGUAGUCAGUCGAGUUGGAAUAAUAUCUGGGGAGAUAAUUUGGGAGGUAAGAAUCGAUAUCAUCCUCGCUGGAUAAUCAGGGACUAAUGUGUUUGGCGCAGACCAACAUGUCGCAGACGGUGGAUUAGACGCUAAAGCAGGUUCGAGCUCUCUAUUGUCUUCCUCGGAGUCCGAUGUGUGGAAUGGUCGCCCCAAUCUUCCCUGGAGCACCAUGAAACCGGCGUCGGCUGGCUUAUCCAGAACGGCAAACACUGCCAUGACCACUUCCCCCAUCCAAACCCGAUCUUCUGAUCGAAGCGCAGCUGCUCUCCCAGAGACGGCCGAUGCGUCUUACUUCUCUCUGCAGAGGUCAUCUGGAGGAGCACCGAGCCACAAGGUUUAUCUGAACACCGGAUCGGAGGGAAUAUCCCCAUCUGGGGACGGGAUGUCUCUUGGAACCAUCGGUGGCUUCAGACCUGAAGGUAGACGUCACGCCAACACAUCCUCCGCUUUCGGAGGUAGUCCCGUCGGCAGCGGGUUUCCGAUGCGAAAUGGCCUGUCUAGUCCGCUUGACAACACAGCAUCCGACGGCAUGUCGGCCUCCAUGACGAUGUCCUCUCUUCCUCAGACGCUGCCUGAUACCGCUGCUCAGUCAUUGGGGCGCAAUGUAUAUGCACACGCCUCUUCCAACUCUGCUUCAUUUGCUCCCGCUAGACCACCUCACUCAUCGUUUCCCUCGUUCCACUCGGAGAGCCAAGGGUUCGAAGGGCGGUACGGUAGUCACUCCGUCGAUCUUAACGCCGGGCUCAACAAUCUGCAACUGAAUGAUAACAAUUUGGGGGCUCCCAGUGCUGGAAACCGGCCCGCUUAUAUGUCUCAUCCCUCCUUGGACGGCUCUCUUCAGCGACUCAGGUAUGCGACUUCGACUGACGAGAGCAACUACCCGGCUUAUGUAAAUGAAGCCCCGUCGGACCUGUCAUUGGCGUACUCAACGACGCGUACCCGAUUCGGCGACGGACCGAUCUCGCCUACCGAUUACGCCCGUAUGGAAAGCCCCUUCCACCCGACUUUGGACAAUGGACAACUCUCUGGCCCGCAUUAUCGAAAUGCCUCCGGGAGCCGCCUCUCCGACCACCAAACCGCGACAUACGACCGACGCUUGCGGGGAAUGGCCGCGGAACAGGAUCUUGCUGCGGCAAAUGUCAAUCCCCUGCAACGGAUGGCUUUUCACGGCGCGUAUGACGUUCAACGCUAUCAAAAUCCAGGACUUCAGGGAAUGCCUGCACUUUACGCCCCAGCAGCUCAUGUAAAUGCGGCGGCUCUUGCUUCUAGGGGCCUCCAAUCAGACACUGCUCAGGCGAACAGGAGUUCGGUGCUGGAAGAUUUCCGCAAUAAUAGCAAGGGGAACAAGCGCUACGAGCUGAAGGAUAUAUACGGUUAUGUUGUCGAAUUCAGUGGAGACCAGCAUGGAUCCCGGUUUAUCCAGCAAAAGCUCGAGACCGCGAACAGUGACGAAAAGGAGAUGGUGUUCCGGGAAAUCCAAAGCAACGCGCUGCAAUUGAUGACCGAUGUUUUUGGCAACUACGUCGUACAGAAACUUUUUGAACACGGCAACCAGACUCAGAAGAAGGUUCUAGCCAAUUCGAUGAAGGGGCAUAUCCUGAGCUUGUCUCUUCAGAUGUAUGGAUGUCGUGUCGUGCAAAAGGCAUUGGAACAUAUUCUUACCGAUCAACAAGCAACCAUGGUUAAGGAACUCGAAAACAAUGUUCUUCGCUGUGUUCGAGAUCAAAAUGGAAACCAUGUGGUUCAGAAAGCCAUCGAACGCGUGCCAUCAGAGCAUGUACACUUCAUAAUUGAUGCCUUCAUCGGCGGCGUGGAGAAACUUGCCACCCAUCCUUAUGGAUGCCGUGUCAUUCAGCGGAUGCUUGAACAUUGCAAGCAGGUGGACCGCGAGCAAAUUCUUUCGGAGUUGCAUGCCUGCACAACCAAACUUAUCCCCGACCAGUUCGGAAAUUAUGUGAUCCAACAUGUGAUCGAGCAUGGCGAGGAGAAAGAUCGUUCCGCCAUGAUUAACAUUGUCAUUUCGAACCUCAUGUCUCAUUCGAAGCAUAAGUUCGCCAGUAACGUGGUCGAAAAAAGUAUUGAAUUUGGCGAAGAAGGCCAACGCUGUCACAUCAUUAGUAUGCUCACGCAGAGCAACGACAGAUCCGAAAGUCCCCUGCCCGCACUGAUCCGUGAUCAGUAUGGCAACUAUGUUAUACAAAAGGUAUUGAGCAAGCUGAAAGGCGAAGAGAGGGAGACUCUCGCGGAGCAGAUUCGGCCCCUACUUGCCGGGCUGAAAAAAUACAGCUAUGGCAAGCAAAUUGCUGCCAUCGAAAAACUAGUAUAUCCUUCCGGUGGCGUUCCUCCCCCGGCCCAUGCCAGUCAUACCUCGUCAUCUACUACGCCCCCCAACUCGCACAAAUCCUCUCCUCAGCCGUCCAAGCGCUCUGUGAAUGGAUCCGAGAGCGGCCGGGGGCCGGUUGUCGGGGCGGCACCGCCUACACCACCUCCCACCGACACUCAAACCAAUGUCGACGGAUCGGUCGAACCCAAGAGUGUUGCCAAAAGCACCGUAGCUCCUUUGGCCGAGUCCGAGUCGGCUGAUGCCAUUCCGGCCACGUCGGUCAACACCAAUGGCACCACCUAAAUUCCAAAAGGCGAACGUCACACUCCUCUUUUUUGCUUCUCCUGUCCAAAUUUUUUAUGGCUUUUUAUUUAUCCUUUUUUCUUUACUAUCUUCCUUUCUCCCACACCACCCCUUCAACCAGUUCAUUUUUAAUCCAAGCGUAUACAUACAGGUCUUCUGAGGGGUAUGAGUCUUCGAGGUUAAUUACUUUUUUUUUUCUGCCUUUUUAUCUUUCACGGGCAUGACGGCGUAAAAAGCAAAGGGUAUCAUGGCGGGAGGAAAGGGGGUUUGCGAUAUCUAUACCUGCUCCUGUUGUUUUUCUUUUCUUUUCUUCUGUUUAUUUCUUUCAUAUCCCUAUCACUUUCCACCCUCCCUCCCCUUGUCUUGAAACCUUGCCUUUUUUAAUUUGUCAAUGGUUUCUCUUCAACGUUUUUGUCGGAAGGUUCAAUGUUACGAAAAUGAAGCCACGCCUCCCUAGUCGUUGAUCGUUCUGUUCUUUGCUUCUUGUUCAAAUUAUGAGGGUCGGCGUCUUGAUUGGUUGAACAAAGGAUACCGGGAUUCCACUCUUCUUUGACCUGCAGAGGUCGCAAAGAUUCGAGACCUUGGACAUAUGGGACGAAUCCGGAAUUAGGGAAAGAAAAUGGGAAUUGCUUGGAGCAUCUAGAAUGCUUUGUUUGCUUCCAAUCGGUAUACAGCCAAAUGAAUUCAGAACGCUGUCGUACCUUGCCCAAAUUGCUGUCGAUAGUUCCUCUUGCUUAGUACUGUGAACGAAUGAAUGUUAAUGUGAACUUGGGCGGACUCGAGAAUUUGAAGUGUAUGGAGUAGAGUAGUAGGAGAUAUUCUCGUGAUCUGUCUUAUCGGCAC